UUUCACAUAGGUGUUCAGGAAUCGACACCCAUCCGAUGCGUGUCCAACUUGGCCCUUUUACUGACUCGGCCCGGCCGGGAUUUCGAAACGGGAGCGCCAUAUUUGUCUCCUCGCCUCACAAGUCAUCACUGCAAUGAGAAGAAUCAACGAUACCGAGUUUUAACGCCAUAUGGGUAUCCGCCAAACGAAUCCCACAACAAAAUUCUAUCUUCGGUUUCGUAUUUCUGGAUUUCUUGGGUGAGAGAUGUCUCUGAGAAUGCGCGGCUUUUAUUGAAUUCCUGUAGCGGUAUCAAAUGGAGAGAAAUGAAGAUGAUGGUAUUGUAGGAGAGAACUCUCAGCCACGUGCAGAGUGUGAUGGCCAAGUGUCGGCUCUGAGUUCCACCCUCUUCUUGGAUCAUGUUGGGCAAGUCAUCCUCACCUUCAAUUCAGAUGGGUUGUCUUGGAAAUUGGUCCAGUCCUUCAAUAACGAUGAGUCAACUUGUUUAUGCAUCGAACUUGCUUCUAAGAGUUUAACUGAGAUAAAAUUCUCUGAUGUUUAUGCUGUUGAAUUCAUCAACUAUGGCUUGGCUCAUGAAUCAAAUCUUCCAAGCUCUGGGAGAUGUCUUGUGCAUAAUGACGAGAUGUACCGCUUUACGGUGCAUGGUGUCCAAAGGUCAACAACACAGCCUUCUCUUUGGGUCCCAGCUGUGUACACAUUUGGUCAUAAGGAUCUGCAAACAUGUCUGAUGUGGGUUAAUCGUACUAAUGCUUCUCUAAACCUUGAAUUGGGGAGACCAAGAAAUCUUAUGGUUUUCAUUCAUCCAAGAAGUGGGAAUGGGAAUGGCUGUAGAACCUGGGAAACUGUGGCACCCAUAUUCUCACGUGCUAAAGUCAAUACAAAGUGUAAUGCCGCAAUGCAUUUUAGUUUAAAAGCAGCUUUGCAUUUGCAUUAUUGCAUAUAA